CUUGCGUACGUCGAAUGGUUUACACCAUUCACUGCCCGGGAUCCGACAUUACAGAUGCAUUGGGUUUCUCGUUCAACGCGCGGCGGGAGACCCAAUGCUGAGGUUAUUGAACUUUCGCAUGUUAUAGGAGGAUGUCAUCUCGUACCUAAGUUUGGUACAGAGAUCAGCCCUCGGUGGACAUCCGAGAAUGUGUUGGAA